ACGGUAUGUAUGGUACGGUACGCUACCACUCCUGCAUGGAACGAGUCUGCUGGAUGGUGGUUGCUGGUUGCUGGUUGCUGGUGUGUGUGCGUAUGUGUGUGUGCGUGGUGCACCACGUCGACAGCCGGUGCAGAGGGAUUGGACCGUCUGGCGAGGUCGAAGCUUAAGUGCACUCGCACUCUGGCGUGGUGUUGUUCCGUGUGUGGGUGCGUUCGAAAGGAACUGGUGGGGGUAUGUAGAGUAUCGACGUUUGCACGAUGAGAUGG